UAGUCUCUCUAUUAUUUCUGGAAAAAAAACAAAGGCAUAAAUAAAGCUAAAGCAGUGAUAGCUUUAUUCUUUAUGGACCAAACCCUUCAUCUUUCCCUUUCCUUUGAGUUUCCCCGAGAAACUACUCAGAGAUUCUCCCUUUCCCGCUUCCUCCAUUCCUAUUCACGCAACCAACAGCGAGUAGUAGAGACGUUUUCCCCUGCGCCUAUCAUCAUCAUCUCUAACGCCAAAAGAUAAGCAUGCCCGAAAUUCAGUUAGGUGCUCAUACGAUAAGAUCCCAUGGAGUCACGGUCGCAAGGUUCCACAUGCAUGACUGGCUUAUCCUUCUGCUGCUUAUCGUCAUUGAAGUUGUUUUGAAUGUCAUCGAACCCUUUCACCGUUUUGUUGGAGAGGAUAUGCUCACUGAUCUCAGAUACCCUCUUCAAGACAACACAGUUCCUUUCUGGGCUGUCCCGUUGAUAGCAGUUGUGCUCCCAUUUGUUGUCAUUUCUGUUUAUUACUUCAUCAGAAGAGAUGUUUAUGACCUGCAUCAUGCAAUAUUAGGUUUGUUGUUCUCUGUACUAAUAACCGGUGUUAUAACCGAUGCUAUAAAGGAUGCUGUAGGUAGGCCUCGUCCUGACUUCUUUUGGCGUUGUUUCCCUGAUGGUAGAGGGUUCUUUCACAAUGUCACAAGGGAUGUUCUGUGUACUGGAGAUAAAAACGUAGUCAAAGAAGGACACAAGAGCUUCCCCAGCGGCCACACGUCUUGGUCGUUUGCUGGGCUAGGCUUUCUAGCGUUAUACUUGUCAGGGAAGAUCAGGGUGUUUGACCAGAGAGGGCAUGUGGCAAAGCUUUGCAUUGUUUUUCUACCUCUACUAGUUGCAGCGUUGGUUGGUGUAUCCCGAGUUGAUGACUAUUGGCAUCACUGGCAAGAUGUGUUUGGUGGAGCUAUCAUAGGAUUAACAGUGGCCUCGUUUUGUUAUCUACAAUUCUUUCCCCCUCCAUAUGAUCCAGACGGUUGGGGCCCUCAUGCGUACUUCCAAAUGCUGGCAGACUCUAGAAACGUUGUCCAAAAUUCAGCAGGAAUGAAUAAUCUAAGCGUGAGGCAAGCUGAGCUGGAGAAUGUGUACGUUCAUCAACAAGGGACUUCCAUGGAGAUAUCUAGAAGCAACACACGCGGGACACCACAAGAAUGCUAGAGAGCCGUUAAUUUCAACUCUGUCGUGUAGUCGUUAUCAGUUUUUGGUGUGUGUUUCUGUUGAUUUUAUUGGGUUGGCCUCUAUCUAAAAGUCCAUAUAGUUCGCAGUUAAAAGAAAAUAUAGACUCACACCACUAGAGUAGAUAGGCUCACAUGGAGGGAUAUAGAAACGCUAAAAGGAGAGCUUGAAACUCUGACCUGGUAGUAAACAGUCAAAUGCUCUAUAGCCAGCUUCUUGUUGACAUUCUUACAGUUUUAAAUCCUAUGAGCAAAGCGAGAAGUUAAAAGAUUACAAGCUGAAUUGUGAGUCCAGGACUAUUAUAAACAGCUAAGUUACCUAUUCCGUCAAUCACAUUAUCCAUAUAAGAUUUAUAAAAGUGAUAAAAUAGUUUUUUUUUUUUCCUUUUCUCUUGUUCAAUGGCAUUUGGCGCCUACAUUGCAUGUUAUAUUUUCUUCUUGUCCAAGGGUCAUGCCAAAGGAUAUUUGUGGGGUUCGAGAGGCUCAUGCGCCCCUUACAAAAUGACCCCAGGCCGUUUGGCCUUUUCCUUGAUUUUAGGAUAUCAUUAUUUUCUUAUUUCAUAAUUCAUACCCUUUUCUCUCUUUGGCUUGGCUGCAACUGGAUUGUAAAUAUUUAGAAUGAAAUGACGUGGAAUGACCUAUUCCAUUAAUUCCAUAAAAAAAUUUACCAUUUGACAUGAAUGAAAUUGAAUACUCAUUCCAUCAAUUCCAAAAAUAAAUAGAGAAAAUACAAAGAAAAUCAUUCCAUAACAAAUUUGAUCAUGAAAGAAUGGAAUGAAUUCCAUUCCAUUUUUUGCUGUAUUCCAUUCUUACCAUUCCAUUUAUUUUAAAUUCCACAAAUUCCAUAUAUAUUUACCAGUUACACCUUUUGAGUAUCCAAUGAUUGUUUUUCCUCUCUAUAGUUUAUGGCCAUAUAUAUUAACGAGAAAUAGUAUAAUAUGAGCCUGUUUGUUUAGGCUUUUGAUGACUUUGUCCAAUGAGAAUUGCAGUCUACGUCUUGGAUUCCUCUCAAAAGUCAUUCUUUUUCACCCCCUUUUACUUUUACCUUUGUUGAAUUAUGCAAAAUUACAAAAUCUAUACAACUUUGUUAUACCUCUACAGAAAUUGUAUAAUUAAUGUAUACUGAUUUGGAUUAUUGUGUAUUAGUUAUUUGUUUAAAUUGAGCUGCAUAUGGACUAGAAACUGAUCAGCGAUGAGUUUGUUGGAGAGUUGUAAUUUCACCAUUCUUGUAUAAUUUAUUGAAGGACAUUUGGUAACAAUCCAAAGCGUAUAAAUCAUUACUGAGAAACUGUUGUCUUUUUCAUCUUACAAAUAUACUUUCGUUUUUUGAUGGAGAUCACUAUCAUAUGAGAGGAUAGAUCAUUUAUGCCUGAUUAUCAUUAUCAUUUUGAAAUCUAAAAGUGUAAUGUUUUAAUGUAUGAAUGAUUAUGGCUUAAAGCAAGCCAUUUGACUUCUGUCACAGACCCGGGCCUGUUACUCAUUGGAAAAGGAAGUGGUUUGUGUUGUAUAUGCUCAAAUAUUACAUUUAUCAUUAUUUGGAUCAUCUAAAGCAAAGAAGUUAACAGAGGACAAAGGAAAUGUAGAAAAAAGGUAAGACACAUAAAUGACGCAGAAGGUGGCGUGAUGAUUAUGUAAUACAGUCUAAUCUGAGUAAUGCGAUCUGUGAACGGCCAAGAUUGAAGGAGGACGUGAGAGUGAUCCCACUUACGGUGUAAAAUGGGAAUAUUACGUAAGAGGGGAGUGUCAACGUAAACAGAUAUAAAGGUGUUAACUUUUUGUCUAUAUUAAGUCACUAAAGAGUCCAGAUGUUUGACAAAAACUGAAAAGAAAAGUUUGCGACACGAUGAAAUUUGAGUCCCACCUCUGGACUAACACCAUGUGCACGUCUUGUCUUCUGUUUUUGUUUCUUGUAUCUUUUUAUUGCUUUUCAAAAAUGUUAAUUUGAUUAUACUCAGAGAGGCUACAAGACCAUGAGUUUUAAUUUAAUAUAUACUUUGAGAUGAACUGGUGAAUCUACUUAAUGGUCAGCUCUGCAAUCGGUGGAACUAAGAUGGGUUGGGAUUUGGACGGUGAUAAUGUGCAUUGGACGAUGAAUGAGUAUCUCAGUUCUCAAAUAGCACACAAAAACACACACAUGUGUGCACAUUAUUAAAGAGAACGUACGGCGACGCGAUUGCCAAAUGAGAAGGCCCAUUUAUUUGUCUGCUUAUAACCUAACAUCCAAAUUCAUAUUCAUUGUUCUCCGCAUUGUUGUUUUUACAUGCAUAUAUACUGGUUUGAGUGGUUUCUAUAUAACAAAAAGAAAAUAGCAUGAAGAAGAAACGUAUGUAGUAUAAACAAAAAGAUAAGAGAGCAUAUGGUGCAGAGUGAGGACUGAGGAAAAGAAGGAAGGUGCACAACACUCAAGGCCAAAGACUAUUCCACUAUCUCUCUAUCUACGUGCCUUUCUAUGCAUCGCUUCCUGAUGAGUAUUUCACUUAUUAACCUACUCUUGUUAUCUAUACUAAUUUCGAACAACCAUGCUUCUUCUUAAAAUUGUAAAAAGGGUUUUAGGGAAAACAUACCCAAUUGGCUCGGAGAUCAACGUUAUUUAGAGUUGUUCACAUCCCCCAAAGUUUUUAAAAUUUACUGUUACCCCUCAACUUCACUCUAAUCUCCAAAUCAUAAACAAUCAUGAUACAUUUUUAUAUAUGGAAAAAAGGAGGGACAUAACCUCCUUGACGCUUUAUAUAAGACCCCCUCAUCAUUCCAUCCUUUUGCACAUUUCCUAUUAUAUCAAUCUUCUUCUUCUUUAAGUUGUUGCUUUUAUAUAAUAUUACCAGUCAUUUCUUUUAGAGGUCAACUAUGCUGUCAAACCAAGAAGACGACGGUCGAAGCAAAGUUAUGGGAGGUGUUUUAUAUAUGAAACAAUAACAUUUGUGGAUGGUUUAGAGGAAAGAUGGGCUUUGCAAUAGUCUACGCUCUUUCAUAAGAAAAGAAAGUCUAAGGAGAGCGAGAUUAUUGCAUUGCUUGCUUGUUGCUGGGGAAUCGAAGGUUACUGGUCCGAAUUUUUUUCCGUAACCCGAAGAAAAUCAUUCUUAUUAUAUCUCUCUUACUCUUAUAGUGUUUCGUGUGUGCGUUCAAUCUACGAAAUUCUUAUGUUAUAUUGCUGUUAUGUUUUGUUAUGAAAUGAAGAGUGUCCUUGUAGUGACCA